AUGGAACCAGGAAAUAUCACACGGAUAUCAAAAUUUCUUCUCCUGGGAUUUUCAGAGAGACCAGAACUGCAACCCCUCAUAUUUGGGCUUUUCCUCUCCAUGUACCUGAUCACUGUGUUUGGCAACCUGCUCAUCAUCCUGGCCGUCAGCUCUGACUCCCACCUCCACACCCCCAUGUACUUCUUCCUGGCCAACCUGUCCUUUGUAGACAUCUGCUUCACCUCCACCACCGUCCCGAAGAUGCUCUGGAACAUCCAGACCCAGACCAAAGUCAUAAUGUAUGAGGACUGUAUCACACAAAUGAACUUUUUCAUAACCUUUGCAGGGAUGGACGACUUUCUCCUGAGUGUGAUGGCCUAUGACAGGUUUGUGGCCAUCUGUCACCCCCUGCACUACAUGGUCAUCAUGAACCCCCAGCUCUGUGGACUCCUGGUUCUGGUGUCCUGGAUGAUGAGUGUCCUGUAUUCCUUGGUACACACCUUAAUGGUGUUGCGGCUGUCCUGUUCAGAAGUAGUGAUCCCCCACUUUUUCUGUGAACUCAAUCAGAUGCUCCAACUUGCCUGUUCUGACACCUUUCUUAAUAACGUGGUGAUGUAUCUUGCAGCUAUGCUGCUGGGUGGUGGUCUGCUUGUCUGGAUCCUUUACUCUUAAUCUAAGAUAGUUUCCUCCAUACGUGGAAUCUCAUCAGCUCAGGGCAAGUAUAAAGCAUUUUCCACCUGUGCGUCUCACCUAUUGGUUGUCUCCUUAUUUUAUUGUACGAGCCUAGGAGUGUACCUCAGCUCUGCUGCUACCCAGA